AUGGACACGACGGUGGUAACAACGCUUUUGACGGUGAUUGCCUCUGAAUUGGACGCAGUCCAGAACAUUGGCUGGAUAGCUACCGCCUAUUUGCUCUCGUGCUCUGCGUUCCAGCCCUUGUUUGGCAAAUUGUCGGAUAUUUUCGGCAGAAAGAGCCUUUUGGUGUUAUGCUGUGGCUUUUUCGCCGUAGGCUGCUGUAUUUGCGUGACAAACAAUUUGUGGCUUCUUGUGUUUGGUCGUUUUGUCACCGGCAUUGGCGGUUCGGGGCUCACCACCCUUGGAACCAUCACCAUGUCGGACUUGAUUCCCUUGAGGGACAGAGGAGUUUACCAGGGGUUGGCCAACAUCUUCUUUGGCCUUGGUGCUGCAUCUGGCGGUGUCAUUGGUGGGGUUGUCUCUGACCUUUUUGGCUGGAGAUGGGUUUUAUUUUGCAGGUGCCUCUUGCCGUGA